AUCCGCCCAAACUUGUCUCAACCGUGAAGUUUCAUUCAGCCAAUAGCAGCGCCGACGUGUGAGUCUAUGUGACGUUUAGCUGCCCCACACAAGAUGGCGUAUGGCGUGAACGUCCGGUCUUAAUGCGUCUCAUUUUUUUGUGACCUUCAUAACAUGGCGCUUUCGCCUUCUGCGCCCUCGGCUGCUAAUUGAUUUGCACGUGCGCGUCACAGGGGCUGUGCGUGCGCGCUCACGCGUUGUCCGUACCAUUCUCCCAUCAGCCGCUAAAGGGAAGAUGGCGGCUCCGUGACUGAGGAGAUACCGGGAGGGACCGGGCCCGGCCUGCGGGACAGAGAGAAAUCGGGGGUUGGUGAGAUGCCAUGGCUGUCUCUUCUGAAAGUGAAGACGAUGCAUUUAUGGCCAUCGACUCGGAGGAAGGAACGAUGGAACAGGACGAGGAGCUGCCCCCCCGAGGGGCGAGACUGAGGGGCAGGCACAGCCAGCUGAUGGCAGAGAUGCCAGAGGAGGUGCUCGAGUACAUCCUGUCCUUCCUGUCUCCCUACCAGGAGCACAAGACUGCCGCCCUAGUGUGCAAGAAGUGGUACCGGCUCAUAAAGGGGGUAGCCCACCAGUGUUACCAUGGCUUUAUUAAAGCAGUGCAAGAUGGAAACAUCCAAUGGGAGAGUCGGACCUACCCAUACCCAGGGACGCCAAUCACUCAGCGCUUCUCCCACAGUGCCUGCUAUUACGACGCCAACCAAUCCAUGUACGUGUUUGGGGGCUGCACCCAGAGUAGCUGCAACGCUGCGUUCAAUGACCUAUGGAGACUGGAUCUGAACAGCAAAGAGUGGAUCCGACCCUUGGCCUCUGGUUCCUACCCCUCGCCCAAGGCUGGGGCCACACUUGUUGUGUACAAGGAGCUGCUGGUUCUGUUCGGAGGUUGGACCCGACCCAGUCCUUAUCCAUUACACCAACCUGAGCGAUUUUUUGAUGAAAUUCACACCUACUCGCCUUCCAAAAACUGGUGGAACUGUAUCGUCACAACGCACGGGCCCCCACCUAUGGCCGGGCACUCGUCCUGCGUCAUUGGAGAUAAGAUGAUAGUGUUUGGGGGCUCCUUGGGCUCUCGCCAAAUGAGCAAUGAUGUGUGGGUACUGGACCUGGAGCAGUGGUCAUGGUCUAAGCCCACUAUUACUGGUUCCUGUCCUCAUCCUCGUGGCGGGCAAUCUCAGAUAGUGAUUGAUACAGAGACCAUCCUGAUCCUGGGGGGCUGUGGAGGCCCAAACGCUCUGUUUAAAGACGCUUGGCUCCUACACAUGCACGAGUGCCCUUGGACCUGGCAGCAACUCAAGGUGGAGAAUGAGGAGCAUGGUGCCCCCGAGCUGUGGUGCCACCCAGCCUGCAGGGUGGGACAGUGCGUAGUCGUAUUCAGCCAGGCACCCAGUGGCCGCGCCCCUCUCAGCCCGAGUCUGAACUCCCGCCCUUCCCCAAUCAGCGCUACUCCCCCCGCCUUGGCCCCUGACCCCAAGGAAUACCGUUCCCACUCGCCAGUCCGGGCCCCAGACGAGGCCCCCUGUGUAAAUGGGCGCUGGGGAACGCUCCGCCCCCGGGCUCAGAGACAGAACACAGGCGGUUCCAGGGAGGGCAGUCUGUCCCCGGCCCGGGGGGACGGCCUUUCCCCUGUACUGAAUGGGGGCGGGGUUUCUCCCGGUGCCUCGCUGGACAGCCCCCUGCAGGUCCUUUCCCCCCCGGCCGCCGAGGUGUGUGGGACCCGCAAGAACUCCCUCCCCGAGCAGAGAGACUUGUGCCUUGGAGCGUCGGACUACGAGUGGGAGAGGAAACGUAGGGACCCGGAGCUGGACUCUGCCGGUCGGACCCCGUCAGAACAAACCAAUGGGCUUCACACCCCCCCGCACAUCACUACUACCCUCUCGGGGGCUGUUUCACCCGGGGCGCUACGCAGGGGGCUGGAAGCUGUCAGAGCCCUGGCUAGCUCCUCCCCCUCUGCACCCCAAAGCGGCGCUUCCCCUCGGAGCCCCCCCACCCUGCCGUCCCCCGGCUCGCCCAGUAGCGGAGCGGAAUCUGCCCCCCGACCAGUCCAGGCCCAGAAUGAAGGACAUUCCCUGCCCGCCAUUGCCCGCCGCUUGGGGCACCACCCCCCCCAGUCGCUGAACGUGGGCAAGCCCCUGUACCAGAGCAUGAACUGCAAGCCCAUGCAGAUGUACGCCCUGGACAUUCGGGGGGCCCGGGAGCGGGGCCGGGUAAAGUGGAAAGUGUUCAACAGCAGCUCGGUGGUGGGGCCCCCCGAGACCAGCCUGCACACGGUGGUACAGGGGCGCGGGGAGUUGAUCAUUUUCGGGGGGCUGAUGGACAAGAAACAGAACGUCAAAUAUUACCCCAAAACCAACGCCUUGUAUUUUGUACGAGCGAAGAGAUAAUGUCGCGGAAUGGCUAACCAAUCGGACUCUUCAUUCUCCUGGCCCCGCCCCCCCCCCGCUUGUUUCCUUUCUACUGUUUUACACUACUUGUUCCCUUGUGUUUUUAGCUCUCGAUAUGAUGACACGAGCCAAUAAAGAAAACAGCUGAACUCAA